AUGGCCGCUGCCGACGAACAGUACGGCAAUAAAGGCUACGGCCAGAUUGGAUCCUAUGGCGGCAACCCCUAUGAUGCGCGCGACUCCAGCCCUGCUGGCUACAACGACCGCGACCUAGAGAUGCAGUCCUACUCCGGUGCCGGCGCCGACCCCAAUGCCAUUCUCAACGAAUGCCGCGAUGUCGACCGCGCCCUCGACGACCUAGAUGCCCAGCUCAACAACCUGGAUCGCGUCUUCAAACAAUCCCUGGCUCGGCCAGACAUGCCCUCGGGCGAAAUCAACAACCUUAGCUCCCAGAUCAUGACGGGUUACCGCGCGCUUGUCACCCGUGUCAAAAACAUCAAGUCGAAGCCUGACUCGGGUCACCCCAGAAAUGCUCCCCAGGUCGGCAAGGUCGACCGCAGGCUCAAGGCCACCAUCAACCGGUACCAGACACUCGAGUCGGACUUCCGGAGGGAGUCGCAGGCCGCUGCCGAGCGCCAAUACCGCAUCGUGCGCCCAGACGCUACCGAUGAAGAGGUCCGCGAGGCUGUGGCAGACCCCGAUGCCCCCAUCUUCCAGCAGGCUCUCAUGAACUCUGACCGCCGUGGCCAAGCCUCAUCUACCCUGCGUAACGUCAAGGAGCGACACGAGGCCAUUCAAAACAUAGAACGUCAGAUGGUGGAGCUCGCACAGCUGUUCCAGGACCUCGACCAGAUUGUCCAGGAGCAAGAACCGCUUGUGGCCAACAUUGAGCAAAAGGGCGAGGAGAUCAACGACAACGUCAAGGCGGCCAACGUGGAGAUUGACGGCGCCAUUGAAAAGGCCCGUAGCCGAAACCGCAAGAAGUGGUGGUGUGUCCUGAUUGCGCUCAUCAUCAUCAUUAUUAUCGUUGUUAUUGCUGUCGUUGUCACACAAGUCAACAAGACCACGACGGGUGGUAAAUAA